AGUUUUUAAAGUUUGAGAUUUUAUUUUUCAUGAAUGCGUUGAACCUGACGUGCUUCAGAUAUCUUGUUGAUUGUGAAGCGUCCGGAGCGCUUCUUGGUUCAUAUUUGAAGCUUCGUGAUGAUUCCGCUUCAUACAGGAAGUGAGACGUCUGUUCUCUACACGAGCUUUGGCUGACGUCACGUCUGAAGCACACGUUGUGACGAUAACUUUUACACCAACUGGACCGAAAUGGCUGAAAUACCGAACAAAGGGAUCGAACCUGUUUCUCAACGUGUGUCGGGUUCGAACGGUUCCGGUGAAGUAGGACAAACCGGUACACGGCUAGAGGCCGUGCCGGAGCCCGAACAGGAACCGGGCGACACCGGAACGGAUCCGAGCGGCGGCCACCGCGCUGCGGACAAAGAAACACCGUCGCCGGGCCGAGAAGGACCGGAAACGGGCGCCGGGGACUGCCAGGGGGCCCCAAGUCCCGUACCGGAGACUUUAGCGACAAGCCCCGGGUCCGGACACGAGGGUUCCCGGGUCCUUAAAGAACAAAGAGCGGGACCGAGCAUCGAGCUGACGAAGCCCGCGGACCGAGUCCCGAAGAGACGGAACAGCGUGGAACUGGAUUCAGAGGACAGUAUCAGCAGCACACUGAUGGACAUGGAGAGCACGGUGUCCAGCGGCCGUUCUACUCCUGCCAUGCUUAACGGUCACGGCGGCCCUGUGGUGGUGGGAGGAGGCGCGGCGACGGCAAGCGGCAAGUCCCUGAGCUACACCUGCUGCUGGGAUCACUGCCAGCUGCAGUUUACCAGCAGCCCUGACCUGGCGGAGCACAUCCGGGCAACGCACGUGGAAGGGCAGCGGGGAGGCGUGUUUGUGUGUCUGUGGAAGGGCUGCAAAGUUUACAACACACCGUCCACCAGUCCCAGCUGGCUGCAGAGACACAUGCUGACCCACAGCGGAGACAAACCCUUCAAGUGUGUGGUUGGAGGCUGCAAUGCCACAUUUGCCUCCCAGGGGGGGCUAGCGCGCCAUGUGCCCACCCACUUCAGCUCACAAAAUUCAUCUAAAUUAUCCAAUGGCAAAAUGAAGGAGGAGUCUCCAUCCAAGGCGGGGCUAAACAAGAGGAAGAAACUGAAGAACAAGCACAGACGUUCCCUACCUCGACCUCAUGACUUCUUCGAUGCUCAGACCAUGGACGCCAUCCGCCAUCGAGCCAUCUGCCUCAACCUGGUAACGCACAUCGAGAGCAUGGGCAAUGGACACAGCGUCGUGUUCCGCAGCACGGUGAUUGCAAAGAGGAAAGAAGAUUCUGGAAAAGUAAAGGUGCUGUUACACUGGAUGCCCGAGGACAUACUGCCAGAUGUUUGGGUGAACGAGAGCGAGCACUUGCAGCAGGAAACUAAGGUGGUCCAUCUGUCCAAACUGCCCGCAGACAUGGCGGUCCUCCUCGAUCCAAACGUCUACAGGAUGUUCUUCUGAGCGGUUGACAGGAAAUGUCUCUGUCCCACCGUGUCCACGCUGUCCCAGAGGGAUGCUGGGAGUUUAGUUAUUUCUUCCUUAGUAGUUUUGGAGGACUUGUAGGUAACAGCUAGAAUGAAACUGUAGCCGGCGUUCAUCUUUGUAAAUACUUCAGAUUUGUAAUAUAUUUUUAUACUUUGAAUAUUUUUUGCUGUAGAUGUCGGUUUCUUGACAAAAAUUUUGAAAUGGAUUUUUUUUUUUAACUGAUAAAUAUGUGCUGAUGAAGCUCAAACAUUAAACUUUUACCAUUUCUA